AGGCGGGGCCUGCGGACUGCUGCUGCUGCUGAGGGUGUCAGCCUAGGCUGAGUCUGAGAGACUGAGCAGGGAUCGGGGAAGGGGAGAUUCCAGCAGUCUGACUCUGACCUGAGGGGGACAGAUCAUGGAAACAUGGUAGUGACAGUGUGCACCAGGGGCUUGUGUGAGUGUGACAGCUUCAGGGGCUUGUGUGAGUGUGACGGUGUGCACCCGGUGCUUGUGUGUGACAGUGAGCUUCAGGGACAUCUGUGAGUGUUUGGCAGUGUGCACCAGAGGCUUGUGAAUGUGUGACAGUGUGCAUCAGGGGCUUGUGUGAGUGUGACAGUGUGCAUCAGGGGCUUGUGUGAGUGUGUGAUAGUGUGCACCAGGGGCUCGUGUGAGUGUGACAGUGUGCACCAGGGGCUUGUGUGAUAGUGUGCACCAGGGGCUUGUGUGAGUGUGACAGUGUGCACCAGGGGCUUGUGUGAUAGUGUGCACCAGGGGCUUGUGUGAGUGUGACAGUGUGCACCAGGGGCUUGUGUGAUAGUGUGCACCAGGGGCUUGUGUGAGUGUGACAGUGUGCACCAAGGACUUGUGUGAGUGUGAUAGUGUGCACCAGGGGCUCGUGUGAGUGUGACAGUGUGCACCAGGGGCUUGUGUGAUAGUGUGCACCAGGGGCUUGUGUGAGUGUGACAGUGUGCACCAGGGGCUUGUGUGAUAGUGUGCACCAGGGGCUUGUGUGAGUGUGACAGUGUGCACCAGGGGCUUGUGUGAUAGUGUGCACCAGGGGCUUGUGUGAGUGUGACAGUGUGCACCAGGGGCUUGUGUGAUAGUGUGCACCAGGGGCUUGUGUGAGUGUGACAGUGUGCACCAAGGACUUGUGUGAGUGUGACAGUGUGCACCAGGGGCUUGUGUGAGUGUGACAGUGUGCACCAGGGGCUUGUGUGAGUGUGACAGUGUGCACCAGGGGCUUGUGUGAGUGUGACAGUGUGCACCAAGGACUUGUGUGAGUGUGACAGUGUGCACCAGGGGCUUGUGUGAUAGUGUGCACCAGGGGCUUGUGUGAGUGUGACAGUGUGCACCAGGGGCUUGUGUGAUAGUGUGCACCAGGGGCUUGUGUGAGUGUGACAGUGUGCACCAAGGACUUGUGUGAGUGUGACAGUGUGCACCAGGGGCUUGUGUGAGUGUGACAGUGUGCACCAGGGGCUUGUGUGAGUGUGACAGUGUGCACCAGGGGCUUGUGUGAGUGUGACAGUGUGCACCAGGAGCUUAUGUGACUGAACACCAUGGAAUUGUGUAUGUGUGUUAGUGAAGUGUCACUAUGAUUUCACAUGCGUGUGCAUAUAUUUGCCUUAGUAAGAAGUGAUCUAAAUGAGUGUGCGUUUAGAGAGAGAAAAAUAAUUUUUAUUAAUAUUCUUAUUUAUUUAUAAUGCCACCUUGUCUCUUUUAAAAUAUUUGAAUAUAUAUAUUUAUAAGACCCAGACAUGUCCUGGAACAUUGUGCAGAUGGAUCCAGGGUUUGACAAUGUGUGACAUGCAGAUGUUGCAUAGCAAUACUGUUUUGACAUGUAUCCGCAUCGAUUGUUGUUUGCACGGGUUGCUGGUGAUUGACAGUUGAGGGUAAGUGAUUGGUGCAGUGACAAGUGAUGAACAGAUGGUGAUCACAGUUACAGUGAAUACAGCAGGUAAGCGGUCAGACUGUGCGUGAGAGGUGUAGGUCACACCUAGGAGGUGACGGUGCUAGAUUUGUGCAGGCACUUUGCACAAGUGUCAGUAAGAGUGUGCAGGUGACAUUGGAGAACAGACCAGACCUUGUCACCGCUUAUGACAGAAGUUUAUAGCAGAAGGCGUCCCACCGGUGGAUUAUCCAGGACACUGCCUAGGACUGCUGGCAUCAGAUCUACGAGAUGAGAGUGUACAGAAGGAACUGCAAGUGUGAACAGAUCUCAGAUCCAGCUCCAUGUAAUUCUGCGUUGCUGAUCACCUGAGGACGUAAGAGAUCCCCUCUCCAGCAAGACAGCCCAGGACCAGCAAGGAACAUGGUGCAGAAAUACCAGUCCCCGGUGCGGGUUUACAAGUACCCCUUUGAGCUUGUCAUGGCGGCCUAUGAGAGGCGAUUUCCUACUUGUCCCCUCAUCCCGGUGUUCCUUGGCAGUGACAUCAUGCACGAACACAAGAGCGAGGAUGGCUCACUGCACAUGGUGGAGCGUAGCUGUAAGCUGAACGUGGAUGCCCCAAGGCUCCUGAAGAAGAUUGCGGGCGUAGAGUUUGUAUUUUUCAUCCAGAAGAACACACUGAACUGGAAGGACCGAACAUUGCUGAUCGAGGCCCACAACGAGACCUUCUCCACCCGGGUCUUGGUGAACGAGACCUGCAGUUACUCUGUUCACCCUGACAAUGAGGAGUGGACGUGCUUUGAGCAGACAGCAUCUCUGGACAUCAAGUCGUUCUUCGGCUUUGAGAGCACGGUGGAAAAGAUUGCAAUGAAACAGUACACUGCCAACAUAAAGAGAGGUAGGGAGGUCAUUGAAUUUUACUUGAACGAGCUGAUAUCUCAGGGCAUCACUCGCAUCCCCAGAUGGACCCCUGGAGCAUCAGGGGGCUAUCAUAAUGUUUUAAGAAACGCUACAAGCGGACAUCCCUGCGGCAUGGAGGGGACCGGAGCUGAACUGGAACAGUCGACAGUGCCGGGGCUACUCACAGCAGAGCCUGGUGGCCACAAUCUCGGAUCAGACCCUGAUGGUGAUAAACUAGAGGCCGAUUACAUACAGCGCUAUUUGGGACAGCUCACACCCAUGCAGGAGAGUGCCUUGAUCCACCUCCGCCAGUGGUUGCAGGAGACCCACAAGGGGAAGAUCCCAAACGAUGACCACAUUCUGCGCUUCCUGCGGGCACGCGACUUUAACAUGGAGAAAGCCCGGGAGAUGCUCUGCCAGUCCCUGUCCUGGCGCAAGCAAUACCAGGUGGAUUACAUCCUCCAGACGUGGCAACCGCCCCCGAUCCUGGAAGAGUACUACGCUGGAGGGUGGCACUACCAUGACCGAGAUGGUCGCCCCCUGUAUAUACUGCGCUUGGGGCAAGUGGACACCAAGGGCUUGCUGAAAGCAGUGGGUGAGGAGGCCAUCUUACGCCACGUUCUCUCCAUUAAUGAAGAAGGACAGAGACGAUGCGAGGAGAACACUCAUCAGUUCAGCUCUCCAAUCAGGUCCUGGACCUGCCUUGUGGACCUGGAAGGACUGAACAUGAGACAUCUCUGGAGGCCUGGUGUGAAGGCCCUGCUCAGGAUUAUAGAGGUGAUUGAGGCCAAUUACCCAGAGACACUGGGACGAAUGCUGAUUGUACAGGCGCCGCGAGUCUUUCCCGUUCUAUGGACACUGGUCAGCCCAUUUAUCAACGAGAACUCCAGGCGGAAGUUUCUGAUCUACAGCGGCAACAACUACCAGGGUCCUGGUGGGAUAGCAGAUUACCUGGACAAAGAGAUAAUCCCAGAUUUCCUUGGUGGAGAGUGCGUGUGUAAUAUUCCAGAGGGGGGACUGGUCCCCAAAUCAAUGUAUCAAUCUGAUGACGAUGCUGAGACUUCUGACCAUAUCCGGCUGUGGACUGAAACCAUUUACCACUCCUCUUACGUCUACAAGGGAGCACCACAUGAGCUCACUGCCGAAAUCCUUGAGGUGGAGUCUGUUAUCACCUGGGACUUUGAUGUCCUCCGCGGGGAUGUUGUGUUUAGCCUCUUCCAUUCCAAGAGGGCACCAGAGGUCCAUCAAAAGGAUUCCGCCUCUGUCGCUACUCCUACAACCUCCUGCAUCAAUGUGCAGGUGAUCGACAAGAACUGGGUUCUGGGGGUUGAUUACAGGAGGUUGGAGGCGCCGCUUGUCUGCAAGGAAGGGGAAAGCAUCCAGGGUUCUCAUGUCACGCGCUGGCCUGGGUUCUACGUCCUCCAGUGGAAGAUGAACAGCUCAUCAUCUGGGUCCAGCAUAGCCAGAGUGGACGAUGUUCUGGCCUCGCUUCAGGGAACCAGUCACAAGUGUAAAGUCAUGUAUUACUUCGAAGUGCUGGCAUCAGAGGACUUCAGAGGGUCUAUGUCCAGCCUGGAAUCUUGCAGUGGCUUCUCUCAGCUUAGCGGGAUCACCAACAACUCCAACAAGUCUCACAGUGGUUCCCUGAUCUCCAGAUAACAUAGGCUGCAGGGACCCUGCUCCCUGUAACACCUGGACCAUAAACCCACAGAUGGCCUUAUUUAUCUGGACAGAUGAGGAGCGGCUCCCCUGCACCCAUGCUGUGCCACCAGCAAAUACUGUAAAACAAGCUCAAGGAAAGUGGAGCAUUCAUAGACUGCAGGGACCUCAUGGAGAUAUCACUGGAAUCAUGAUUAUUGUGAUAUUUAUCUAAACCAAAUACCAAGGAGUAACAUGGAAACCACUAACUCAUCAUCACGUACUUCAUAAGCUUGCUUGUUAAUUGAUGACAUAGGUACCACCGCUAACUUGGCUGAAAGUCACGGCAAUGCCACCGCUAACAUGGCCGAAGUUCUCAGCGGUGCCUCCGAGUUGUGGGGGGAUAUUGGAUGAGUGCAAUUACCAGGUUAUCACUGUACAGGGCCUUGUGCGAUGGCUACAGGCCCGAUGUGUAUAGACUUUAAUAACUGCCAGCACUUUUAGCUCUUUUCUAAGUCUGAAUCUUUAUCUACCUAAUUUAUUUACAUUGGCCUUUUUCAGAUUGACCUCAGGUCAACAUUUCGUAAUGAAUUAAACUAUUGCUAGACCAGU